GCUUGACUGCCAUCUCCACAGCCAUGUGCCCAGGCUGGCUGGCCCUCGGCCUCCUGUCCAUGCUCAGCCUGAGUACCCAGGCCUUCAACAGCCAACUUCUCAAGUGCUUGGAGGACCCCCAGUAUGAAGAGCUGGUGCGGCUGGCCCAAGAUGGGCUGAGGCAGACAGCAGAAAGGAAACAGGUAGUGGUGAUUGGCGCAGGUAUGGCUGGGCUCACUGCUGCCAAGACCCUGCAGGAUGCUGGCCACCAGGUGACUGUCCUGGAGGCCUCAGGGCGUGUGGGUGGCAGAAUAGAGACCCACAGAGUGCCUGGAGCACAGUGGUACGUGGAGCUGGGCGCCAUGAGGAUCCCUGCCCACCACAGGCUCUCUCGUGAGCUCAUCAGGAAGUAUGGACUGAAGCUCAACGAGUUUUAUCCCUCUAACAACCAGACCUGGGUGCUGGUCAAUGGGGUGCGGCGGCGAACGGGGGAGGUGCAGGCCGACCCCCGACUGCUGGGCUAUCCAGUCAGGGCUGACGAAGAGCGGAAGACGGCAGAACAGCUCUUCGAAGACUCGCUGCGGAAGGUAAUGGAGGAGCUGAAAACCAGCAGCUGCAGCCAGGUGCUGGAGAAGUACGACUCCUUCUCUACCAAGGAGUACCUGAUCAAGGUGGGGAACCUGAGCCUCGGGGCCGUGCAGAUGAUCGGGGACCUGCUCAACACAGAUGCUGGCUACUAUGAGGCCUUCGUGGAAACCCUGCGAGGCAUCAUCUCCUUCUUCCAGGAGCCCCGGUUCCAUGAAAUCGUUGGGGGCUUUGACCAGCUCCCCCAGGCCCUGCAUGCUGCCCUCUUGCCAGGGACGGUCUGGCUCCACUCACCAGCGGAGGAGGUAGAGACAAAUGGAGACCGAGUCCAUAUCACCUACCGGACCCCAGACCCACUGCAGCCCAGGGCACGUCUAACCGCAGAUUAUGUGAUCGUGGCCAGCACAGCUAAGGCUGCCCGGCUUCUCCAUUUCCAGCCACCUCUUUCCCCUGGUAAGCAGGAUGCACUGCGAUCCGUUCACUAUAACAGCGCCACCAAAGUGAUUCUGGCCUGCACGCAGCGUUUCUGGGAAGAUGAAGGCAUCUUUGGAGGCAAGUCCAGCACUGAUCGACCUUCCCGCUUCAUCUACUAUCCCAGCCAUAUCUUUCCCAAUGGCACAGGGGUCAUCCUGGCCUCCUAUACCGUUGAUGACGACUCCUCUUUCUUUGCUGCCAUGGACCACACCCGGGCAGUCGAUGUCGUCCUGGAUGACCUGGCCGCAGUCCAUGACCGCCCCAAGGAGGAGCUGCGGACCCUGUGCCCCUACUCUAUGGUAAAGCACUGGGGCCAGGACCCCUAUUCCAUGGGCGGCUUCGCCUUCUUCACCCCCUACCAAUAUGUGGACUAUGCCCGGGAACUCUGUAAACCCGAAGGGAGGGUCUACUUUGCCGGCGAGCACACAACCCUGCCCCACGGCUGGAUUGACACGGCCAUCAAGUCAGGGCUCAGGGUGGCACAGAGCAUCCAAGAGUCUGCAGACUUGGCUUUGACAAAAGGCCCCAGAGACUCAAAAGAGCCCCACUCUAAAACUGAGCUACAGCCAACUUCAUGACACCCAGGAAUUGGGGGGAUCUCCAGUGAGGAAAAGUCUCAAAAUCCACUAUCUCACUUUAUCUCCACAUUUUCCCAAAGAUGCCAGACCAAAAGUGGCCACAUAAGGCCAAGGAAUGGAGUCCAUCCAACAUUUGGCUACCCAUGACUUUGGAUUUAUUAGCAAUGUCUUGACAACAACAUGUGACUC